GGACCUGGUCGGGUGCCAGGCUGGUCGUAGUCCGGCUGUCUAUUCCCCGUCCUGCUUCCCUCGCUCCCUCCUCCUCCUCCUCCUCCCCCCGGUCCCGCCCGCCCCGGGUGCCGGCGCUCGGAGCUCGGCCGGGCUCACGGGCAGGGCGAGCGCACGGAGAUGCAUGUUCCUUGUCUUCCGUGGGCCUUCCUGUUUUUUGGAGUGAUCAGUUCCAGUCCGGUCCCAAGAGGUUCUCCCCUUUUUGGGGAGAUCAGAUCCCCCAGUUAUCCCAAGCCAUAUCCCAAUGAUAACGUCAGCAGCUGGGAUAUCCAGGUCCCAAAGGGCUAUGUGGUGAAGCUGACCUUCAAAUACUUUGACCUGGAGCCAUCUGAGUCCUGCUUCUAUGACUAUGUUAAGAUCAAAGCAGACAAGAGGGACUUGGGCCGAUACUGUGGCCGGCUGGGGUCAGCCACAGGCAACCACCCAGGAAGAAAGGAGUUUGUGUCUAAGGGCAACAAGAUGCACCUAGAAUUUCGCUCUGAUUUCUCCAAUGAAGACAACGGCACAGUGAUUCCCUACAGGGGCUUCCUGGCGUAUUACAAAGCUAUGGAUCUGGAUGAGUGUGACCCUAACAGUGCUGCAGAGAAUGAUGAAAGGCCUCAGUGCCAGCACUUCUGUCACAACUAUGUGGGUGGCUACUUCUGUUCUUGCCAGAUUGGCUACCAGCUUCAGAGUGACCACCACUCCUGCAAAGUGGAGUGCAGCAGCGAGUUGUUCACAGAGGCAUCAGGGUACCUGAGCAGCCCCGAGUACCCCCAGCCCUAUCCCGAACACCUCCGGUGUAACUACAGCAUCCGUCUGCAGAAAGGCCUGUCCAUCUCCCUCAAGUUCUUGGAACCCUUUGAGAUUGAUGAUCACCAGCAAGUCCACUGUCCUUAUGACCAGCUCAAGAUCCAAGCACGAGGGAGAGAGAUUGGUGAAUUCUGUGGCAGGGAACCACCUGGCAUCAUUGAAACCAACAGCAAUGAGGUGGACAUACUCUUCCUCACUGAUGAGUCAGGGUUCAGCCGUGGCUGGAAGAUCCACUACACCUCAGAGAAAAUACGGUGCCCACAGCCUGUCCCACAGGAUCAGUUUACCAUCAUCAGAGACCUGCAGCCUGUGUAUCAAUUUCAGGAUUAUUUUGUUGUCAGCUGCAAGACUGGGUAUAACCUGAUGAAGGGUGACCAAAAGCUGGUGUCCUUCACGGCUGUCUGCCAGGCUGAUGGCACAUGGCAUCAACCCAUGCCCCGCUGUGAAAUUGUGAACUGUGGCAGCCCUAAAAGCCUGACCAAUGGUGUGUUCAGCUACGUUAAUGGAUCUGCAAACAACGAGUACCAGUCAGUGAUCUCAUACCAGUGCAACGAGCCCUAUUACCACAUCGUCACUGGAACGGGUGGUGACAGAUUCACCUGUUCUCCUGAGGGAACCUGGCUGGAUCAAGAUGGCCAGAAGAGAAUUCCGUCCUGUUUGCCAGUGUGUGGGAAGCCUGUCCAUCCCGUUAUUGAAGUCCAGCGGAUCUUGGGUGGCAAACCAGCAGGGAGAGGCAACUUUCCUUGGCAGGCUCUGACUGGCAUCAAUGGACGAGGGGGUGGUGCACUGCUGGGAGAUCGCUGGAUCCUGACAGCUGCCCACACCAUCUUCCCCAAAGGAGGACUACGGAAUAACAUGAGCCUGGAGCAGCUGGCAGAGGAGGCUGACAUCUUCCUCGGCCACACCAACGUAGAUGAGCUCCACAGGAUGGGUAACCACCCUGUACGUAGGAUCUUUAUCCACCCAGAUUUCAACCCAAAAGAUGAGCACAACUUCAACGGGGACAUUGCCCUGCUGGAGCUGAAAAACCCAGUAACUCUGGGCCCUACACUGCUGCCCAUCUGUCUCCCAGAUGUCACCAACACCUCGUUCUACACGCAUGGGCACAUGGGUUACGUGAGUGGCUUUGGUGUGGAUAAAAACCGCAUCUCGAGCAAUUUGAAGUAUGUGAGCCUACCAGCAGUUGCUCAAGACAAGUGUCAGAGUUGGCUAGACAGUAAUAAGAAAGGCAUCCCUAUGGUUUUCUCUGAGAACAUGUUCUGUGCUGGCUUCCUGGAAGGCAAGCAAGAUACCUGCCAGGGGGACAGUGGGAGCGUCUUCACGGUGUUGGACAGGGAGAGUGGUCGCUGGGUGGCUACCGGCAUCGUUUCUUGGGGAAUCGGCUGUGCCACAGGCUACGGCUUCUACACCAAGAUCCUCAACUAUGUGGACUGGAUCAAUGGGAUCAUGAAGGAGGACAGGCCCUAGGUACUGCUGUCCUACUCAUUGAAGCACCAUUAGCAUAUCGAUUUCCAGACACAGCAAACAGUAGCCAAAGCUUUUGAUGAUGUCCCAAAGGCGUUUCAAACACGCAAAGCAUGUAACCUUCAUCGUGGGCACUUCUGAAAGCCCCCAGGCUGUUUGAUUGUACCAUUGGCAGCUUGGGGGAUGCCUUUGUGGAUGCUCUGGUUCAUACAAGUCUUAUAACCGGAUGAAGCCUUAAUCGUAUCAGGAAACCUUAUGACAGCAAACAUGUUAUGGUUUAAAAUGUUGAUGAUAUCAUGAGACUGCUGCAGUCUGCUUUUGUACUCUCUUUUGGGAGAAGGUUGCAGGGAAGAAGACUUCCUUGAAGGAUGGGGUGGUUUCUGCUGAGUGUAGUGUACAUAAGCUCAUUGGCAUCAUUGAGAUUCUAUGAAUAUUAAAAUACUUGCUGGAUAAA